AUGUCAAACCCAGAGCUCGAACUGGACCACUACGAUGUCAUCGUGAUAGGAACAGGCUUGGCAGAGAGUAUAGCAGCUGCCUCAUUAGCGAAAGCAGGUAAAAGCGUGUUACAUCUCGAUCCGAAUGAGUAUUACGGUGGUGAACAGGCUUCUCUCACUCUCGACGAACUGGUCGAAUGGUCAAACUCCCAAUCUUCUUCGGCCUCAAGCUCAAGAUCAAGCUGGAAAGUAAAGUACGGCUCGACGUCAACUACACCGCUAGAUGAGGGACUGCAGAAUGACAAAAGACGAUAUGCCUUAUCACUAUUUCCGGCUAUAUUACCCUCGAGGGGCGAUCUGAUAGAUACGUUGAUAUCUUCAGAUGUAAGUAAAUACGUGUCGUUCAGAGCCCUCGACUCGAUAUCACUCCAUACGUCCGAAGGGGAAUUCAAGAAAGUACCGGGAAGUAAAGAAGAGAUAUUCAAGGAUAAGACUAUUUCGUUGAUGGAUAAAAGGAAAUUAAUGAAGUUUUUGUUGUUUGCUGCUUCUGAAUUUGAGGAGAGCGAGAUAUUGAAAGGCAGAGAAACCCAGCCUCUCAUUCAAUUCCUGCAAGAAUCAUUCUCCCUCCCUACCCCAUUAUCCGAAUCCAUCAUAUACGCAAUAUCACAUUGCUCGUCACCUAGUGAACCUACCUUACCUGCGUUGAUAAGGACGAGAAGAUACCUAAAGUCUAUAGGGAGGUAUGGGAACAACGCUUUCUUAGUAGGUCAGUACGGAGGUGCGGGCGAGAUCGCCCAGGGGUUCUGUAGAGCAUGUGCAGUCUUCGGAGGGACUUAUAUCCUCGGUCCAUCUGCCAGACCCACAUCGAUAUCUGAAACUCCCGAAGGAGUGACACUGGACAUCCCAUCUCAUCCUAGGCCGGUCACUGCGAGUCACCUGAUCUCGUCUCCCAACCAUGUCCCACCGACACUCUUUGAUACUCCGUCGUCAGAACAUUCGUUAGAGGAACAUCACACUGCGCAUUGUAUAGCAAUCACGAAAACUCUGCCAGAAGCAUUACGGCGGAAACCCAUUUCUAGUCAAGAGUCAGCAGAGGAGGGACAAGAACAGGUGGAGAAUGAUGAUACCUCCUUGGUUGUUUUCCCAGCUGAGAAUGGCGGUGUAGUGCGAUGUUAUGUGAAUGGGGAAGGGACAGGAAGUUGUCCUCCAGGUCAAUAUAUAAUAUACCUAUCUACCUCUAUCCCUCCUACGUUCACCACUUCUCCUUCAGACAUACUGCAACCGUACCUUUCCAAGAUCACACAAGACCCAGUAUUUUCAGCAUGCUAUGUGUCCUCCCGGCCAUCCUCAACCUCUAUCCCAGUUUCAGUAUCGGACAAGAUCAUAGUGUUGAAGCCAUAUGCAGGCAGCGAGCUAAUUACGGAAGGACUCGAUUGGGAAGCCAAGCAGGGUGAAUUGGCUUAUCACGCGGUGAUGGGGGAAGGUGGGAAAGGGUUCUUUGAGAAGGAUAUAACGGAGGAGGAAGAGAUGGGUAUAGAGGAGGAUAUGUAA